GGAGAAGUUAGAAUUAAUUUCCUUGCGAAUCUGUAAAAAAUCUAUAUAAAUCACGUAGGAAAAUGAUUAAAUUAUCAGAUCGGUAAGCGAUAACGGAUUCACAAGACCGUUUUCCCCUGUCUGCGUCAAAGGUGUAGAAUGGCUUCAACGCGGAUCCUUUGUUUCUUAGUGUUUGUGACUCUGGCAGCGGCUCGGACUUUGAACCUGGAGAGAGUUGCUAUCUCUUUGACAGAAGAUUCUAAAGAAACUGAUUCCGCCGUCCCGGAGAUUUUGAAUUCGCUUCUUAGUUCCCACGGAAGCACAUCCGAUGACCAUGAAUUCGACCUUCGGGACUGCAGCAAUGGAACAUGCAAGUUUUGCAGCACGGAAAUUAUCGAAGCAUGUUUUAUUGCAUCGGUUGAAACGUCGGGUAUAAAGAUGGAGAUCACCAUUAACGGAACGCCUUUCUUUGAAACGACUAUAACAUUUUCAGGAGAGAAAACGAUCUGCAAGGAGAUUCAUGUUAUUCCGGCAGUGAAAGAGAUCUGCUUGAUUUUCACUAAAAUCAACCUGGAACAAAUGUCUGGAUGUGUAUCUGUAUCUUUUAAAACAAAGCUAGCUCCUCUGAAGUUUAAGAUUGGUUGCUUCAAGAUACCACACAGCGAGAACCAGGUAACCGGAAAUGAUGAGUUCCGCCAAGGGAAUCAGAACGAGGCUAUUGGUGACGUACACGCUGUUGGGCAAGCGCUGAAGUUCCUGCGGCUCAAAAAAUAUUCCUAAAUUGUUGAUGAAAAAUAAUGUGACUAGUAUGUGCUUAAUUACUGAUGCUGUCUACCGUCAUUUAAAUAAUAUGCGAUUACAGGCCACUUCGUUAGAGCAUAAAGAAGUCAUUGUUGCAGCUAAUUUGUUUAAUUUUCGUUGCAUGAAAUUCCAAUGUUCAGUAUAACAUUUUUUUUGCAAAAAACUUUUGAAUGAAUUAUAUUAAAUAUGAUUAUAUCUAUGUUUAGCCUGGCUCCAAGGCUGCAUGCCAGGUUAUUUUUAAUAAAUAAUGCAAACAUUUAUAAAGUAAAUCUAAAGCCUCUAAAAUAGCAUAUUUUACUAAAAAUUAUGUACUAAACAAUACCUAUUUUCGGAGCCAGGGUGAAAUAAAAAUGUUAAUAUAGAAUUAACCUGCUGCAGUUAUUUCCACUGCAAAUGAAGAAAACUUAUAUAUCAACAUUCAUAGGCCGGGAUCCAGUCUUAUGUAUGUUGUAAGUUCUGAGUAACUUAUUAAAUUGUUUUAGCACGCCAAACGUUAAACGUCAUGACGUCACCGACAACAUUGCAUAAUUCAAAUGCGGUCACAACAUUAUUUUAUUAUUUUUGCUCUGAAGAAGGCUUAAAGCCGAAAUAAUCUUAGAAAAACAUAGUAAAACUGUGUUAAAAUAUUUAAUCGUAUUUUGUAACGUUUGAUCUUUUAUUUUGGUCAUUUCUGCCAAGUAUUUGUAAAAAUAUAGAAAGCCGAUGAAAAAAAGAAGGAAAACAUUUUUUUUUAUUACACGAAGCAAAGUCUACAAAGUUUUUUCAUUGAUGAUUGUAAAUUUAAACAGUCAUAAUUUCCUUGUUUCUGUGAUGUUUUCAUAACUCAUGUAGAAUAAACUUCCGUCACUUAACAGAUAUAGAUGAUGGUAUUGCUGUUAAGGGAGAAUUAAUAAAUAUACAUAUAUCAUU